AUGGAUACAUUUGCAGUAUCACCAAAUCAUCGCAAUGCUUGGUCGAAUUAUCAAGCCGAUUGCUAUUCGAGCAGUGUAGACUAUUAUCGAUCAUAUGGAGCAGCACCUCUUACAUCCCUGCCGUGGCCUGAUUCAAGUAAAUAUUCUGUUGGUAACUGGCCAUCACAAGCAUCAUCGACAUUUUCUUAUCCAUCUUCACAUUCGCAACCUCCCAAUGCUCAUACGAAUUUUUCUUCAGCAACAAAUCCUUCAUCGACAGCAUCCUUUGGUCAAAUAUAUUAUCCUCCGACACCACCGAAAGAUCUUUCACAUGAUCCAUUACCUGAUUUAUCAAAUAAACAACAACAACAGCAACAACAACAGCAACAGCAACUACAACAACAUCAUCAUCAUCAUCAUAAUAUUUCACCAACAACAAAUUCACCUGCCUAUCAUUCACAACACAAUUGGGGACACGUACUUAAAGAUUCAUCAUUACUUUGGCCAACAAUGAAAUCAUCCGAUUCUCAGGGGAAAAAUUUUUCAUCGAAAAAAAAACCUAGUCAAGCAGAAGGUCGCGAAUGUGUUAAUUGUGGAGCUAAAGCAACACCAUUAUGGCGACGAGAUGGCAAUGGAAAUUAUCUAUGUAAUGCGUGUGGACUUUAUCAUAAAAUGAAUGGACACAAUCGACCAUUGAUUAAACCAAAACGACGUUUAUCAACAGUUAAGAAAACAGGCGUUUAUUGUUCCAAUUGUAAUACGAGUACAACAACAUUAUGGCGUCGAAAUGGACGCGGUGAAAGUGUUUGCAAUGCUUGUGGAUUAUAUUACAAGCUUCAUAAGAUAAAUCGUCCGCCAACAUUAAAAAAAGAAAGUAUUCAAACACGCAAUCGAAAACCGAAUACAAAACGUAAUGAAUCAUAUAGUAGUAAAGAUAAAGAUGCAUUUUCUUAUGGACUCUUAAUGAAGAAUGAAGCAGCAUUUAAUGGCUAUCACGCACAGGCAGCUGCAGCAGCUAUGGCAGUUAACAGUGGAUCAUCAUCACCAUCAUCAUCAGCUGCUUAUGCAGCUGCAGCAGCGUUUCAUCCGUUAUUUUCAACAUCAAUGUUAUCAUCCAUAGGUACAACAGGUACAUCAACAUCUUCGUCAUCAACGUCAUCAUCACCGAUUAAAUCAUCCUAUAUGGGACAUCAACAACAUGUUGGAGUUUAUGCUCCGUACUUUUGA